UGUGACAGUCAUCCUUGUCAUAAUGGUGGAACUUGUUUACCUACAACUAGAGGGAGGUUUAGAUGUGACUGUCCUAGAGGUUUCAAGGGUAAAACAUGUGAUAAAGAAAUAAAUCCUUGUGACAGUCAUCCUUGUCAUAAUGGUGGAACUUGUUGUCCUACAACUGGAGGGAAGUUUAGCUGUGACUGUCCUAGAGGUUUCAAGGGUAAAACAUGUGAUAUAGUAAUAAAUCCUUGUGACAGUAAUCCUUGUCAUAAUGGUGGAACUUGUUAUCCAACAACUGGAGGGAAGUUUAGAUGUGACUGUCCUAGAGGUUUCAAGGGUAAAACAUGUGAUAUAGAAAUAAAUCCUUGUGACAGUCAUCCUUGUCAUAAUGGUGGAACUUGUUGUCCUACAACUGGAGGGAAGUUUAGCUGUGACUGUCCUAGAGGUUUCAAGGGUAAAACAUGUGAUAUAGCAAUAAAUCCUUGUGACAGUCAUCCUUGUCAUAAUGGUGGAACUUGUUUACCUACAACUAGAGGGAGGUUUAGAUGUGACUGUCCUAGAGGUUUCAAGGGUAAAACAUGUGAUAAAGUAAUAAAUCCUUGUGACAGACAUCCUUGUCAUAAUGGUGGAACUUGUUAUCCAACAGCUAGAGGGAAGUUUAGAUGUGACUGUCCUAGAGGUUUCAAGGGUAAAACAUGUGAUAUAGAAUUAAAUCCUUGUGACAGUCAUCCUUGCCAUAAUGGUGGAACAUGUUGUCCUACAACGGGAACAACUAGAGGGAAGUUUAGCUGUGACUGUCCUAGAGGUUUCAAGGGUAAAACAUGUGAUAUAGCAAUAAAUCCUUGUGACAGUCAUCCUUGUCAUAAUGGUGGAACUUGUUGUCCUACAACUGGAGGAAUGUUUAGCUGUGACUGUCCUAUAGGUUUCAAGGGUAAAACAUGUGAUAUAGGUUGGUAA